AUGAGUACACCACCACAAUUGCAUCUUCUAUAUUCUGCGACAAGUGAAUCAAUUUCACCUUAUGAUUAUUUUACGAAGUCAAAUGCUAAAUCAGACGUUAUACUCGUAGCUGAUCAUGUCAAAUUUCAUUGUCAUCGUUUAAUUUUAUCAUUGGUAUCUCCAGUGUUUACGAGAAUGUUUGACGGUCAUUUUAAAGAACAUAAUGAACAAGAAAUAGUUUUAAAUGGGAAAAAAUCCAAGAGUAUCUUGGAACUACUAAUAUAUAUUUAUCCACAAUUCCAUAAUUCAAUUAAUCCAACAAAUAUUGAAGAUUUUCUACAGUUGUCUGACGAAUAUAUGAUUGAUCAUGUAAAACAACCAUGUAGAGAAUUUUUAGCAAGAGAACUAGAACAAUAUAAAUACGUUAUUAUGCCAACAAAACAAAAAGUUGAACAACCCUCCUUAUCAUCAAAAGAUUUUCAUUCAAGUGAUUUGGUAUUGAACACAGACCCUACAUCUUCUAGCAAUCAUCGUUUGCGUCCAACAUCAUCUUCACGACAAACUCCUGCCUCUGUAAAAUUUCCCUCAAGUAAAUACCUCAAACCCUCAUCGUCCAAUACACCGUCAAAAUAUUUAGUGACAAUUGAUCAAUAUGAAAUUCCAAAAUAUUUUGAUUCAACAUCUUCAAGGAUAAAAUUUUCUAGUGAAGAAAUAGAACUAUGGCUCAAACGUUUAAAAAUUUUAUACUCAAUCGAUAAAACACGUUAUUUUGAACAAAUUAUUGAACACAUAUUAUCUCUUUUACACUUUAUAUCUAGUACUCUCAUUCUACCUUUACUAAAGAUAACAUCACCGACUGAUGAACAAUUAUUGAAUGAUCUAUUACGUGCUCGACUAUUUUUUCUCGAAGAAUUCGAUGGAAAUGAAGUCAAACGUUUAAUACGGUUACCAGAGAGUUAUCGUACAUUUAUAACAACUACACUUGCUCGACGAAAUGACAUUAGUUGUGAGAGUUCAUCAAAUGAACCAAUACUAGUCGAUGAAAAUGGUCCACUAUUAAAUAUGACAUUACAGAUAGAUCAAGAACCAUGA